AUGCCUGAAGUUACACACUUGGAUGAGCUUGUUGGAGGAUUUGGAGAUGAGGAUCUUGAUGAUUCAUUUGAGCAUGCUGUUGCAUUGCAUAAUCAUGGCAAAGUAGUAAGCACUGGCAGAAUGUCCACCGUUGAAAUUACUUCCCAUAACACUGAUCCAGACCUCAUGCUGCCACCUCUUGCUCAAUGA